GAAAAAAAACAAAUCAGAGGAGUCGCAUCCUAAGCACCGGACGCGUAGGAUGAUAAGGGGACACAGCGCUCUCCGUGCAGGCGGACUGACCGAAGAGUCCCUGCCCUCGGUCCCUGGUCCCUGUCACGAAGGAGAGUCUCCCUUGCUUCCCACAAGUCAGCCUCUCACCUCUCGCGGCGGAGGGAGCGUCACGAGGCUGGGAAGGGCCGUGAAAAUAUGCAGUCAAACUUGGAUUAUGAGCAGGCGAGCAUGACCUGCAGCGUCGAUGGCACUUCCUGACCUCCCCGUCCGCGAGAUCAUGGAGGGCGACGGUGCCAUGGGUGCCAUAGGUGCUGAGAGUGUCAUGAGCGAGGAGGAGCGCCUGGCCGAGAGCGAGCACAUGAUCAACCUAACCGUGGCGGUGCUCAUCCUCACUAUCUUCUCCUUCUUCUUCAUCAUCAUCCUCGCCAUCCUGUGCAUGAAUUGGCUCGAGAGGAGGAGGAGUGGAUUCAUGGGCCAGAGUCUACUGCUUCCAUCGGGCCCCGUGCCAGGUUACAUGACAGUCUUGACAAGUGACCAUCCUCACCUACGCCUGCUGGGUCACUAUCGACUCGAACCUGUACGCCCACACAAGGAGAAGACGCACACCUUCACGGAGCAGCACUACAACACUCCCCAGCACCUCAUCCACUACGACACUGACACCGUGUCGGAAAAACGAAGCUCUUACUGAUUCCGACAGAGGAAUACGAGCCUAAAACUCCAGAGAUUUUUUUUUGUUUUUUUAUAGAUAUGGAUUCACUCAAUCUAUUGGUUUCUGUUAUCAUUUUUAAUGUUUUAUUUUAUUUUUUAUUUUUUUAGUUAUUGAUAUAUUUAUUCAGGCUAUUUUAUUUGUUGUGUUUAUUGGAUAUGUAUUUAUUGGAUCAGAAUAAACGAAAUUCACUUCAUCUAUACAUUUUGUUUAACUUUUACUCCGGUGAAAAUGUUUUUUUAUUAUUAUUAUUAUUUCUUCUAUCUAUUUUUCCUGUUUAUUGGACAUGUAUAUAUUGUAUCUAUAUAAUAUAUUAUAUUAUACAAUUCAUAUGUGUCUAUGCCUUCACUUCCAGAGUAAUUUUUGUGUUUAUUUCCUUAUUCUAUUUUUAUUUGAUUUAUUUAUUCACUUUAUCCAUUUAUCCAUGCCUUCACUUUCGGAGUCAUUUUAGAUAUCUUUUUAUCUUUAUAUUUAUUUCUUAAUUAUAGUCAUUUUGUCUGUCACGCCCGUAUUUACCUGGCUCGUUUACCUGUACAGAAAUACCCUUGUCCUUUCUUUCCUGGAGCUUUUAAGGACCGAGAUAAAGAGAUGUCAGCUAAUAAAUCGGGUGAAAUUA